CCGAGUGCGGCUUUUCAACACUGUUGUCUUCGUUUCGCUACGUCGCGAGGCGCUGGCGGACGUGGGUCGGCAGACUUCGAGUCGGAUGCGAAUUUGAAUAAGGGAAUUAAUGACGCGUAGGUGAUUACUUCUUCUGCGAAGGAGUGUAGUGCCCUGGCCCUGAACUUCCGACGCCGUCAGUUUGAACAAGUGUGGCGGCGCGGCAGCGCGGUGCCCGACGCGGUGGCGACUCGCGACUCGUGAGAAAAGAAGGCGGCUGGAAGGAAGUAACUCGGACGGAGAAACUGACUCGAACCAGAUUAACCUCGGCAAAUAACGCCCCGCGCGAAGGCGCACCUGUAGCUGUGUGACGUACAAUGAAGUGACUCCGAUGACAUUCGUUUGAGAGGGCGCGCACAAGGUGCGAAGAAUGGAAAACCAGAAUCACACAAAGGUGGCCGGCCUGGCGUGUCCCCCGGGCGGGGGCGAUGUCUGGGCCCGAGGACUGUGACUGCCCGGGCCUGCCUCCGCCGCCGCUCUUCGACCUCCCCCCGCCCCCGCGCCCCCCUUUCUUGCAGGCCGAGCCCUGCUCGGACCAGCCCUUGAAGGACAUCGAGUCGUGUGACGCCCUGCCUGUGAGUAACCGGCGGGGGGAUGCAGCAGUCGGUACCGUGGUGGACGCGGAGUACCACCUCGCCGGUGCUGCCCUCCGUGGCGAUCAUAGCCCUCUGCUCCGUGCUGCUGCUCGCCAUGGUGUCCUCGCGACGGCGCUUGUGUGGAAGCACAAGCGGAAGAUGCAGAGCUUCCUGCCCUGCAAGACGUCGCCGGCGCCGCGCUGCGAGGCCAACGGCAACACCGUCAUCUACGAGGACCUCACCAACAUGCGGCCUCGGCUCGGCCUCAGCCAGGCGCUCGGCCCCGGCCUCGGACUGGGGCCGCGGCCCAACGCCAGGCCUCUGCCCCGGCCCGGACCCCCCAUGGAGCCCAACGGCGGCGACCUCUGCAGGGACGUGGACUCGUCCGACGCCGACGACCGGAGAGGGUUCCUGACGCAGAGGGUGCCGCGCAGCCACAGCUCGGCGUCCGACCCGCGGCGCGGCAGGUCUCUGGACCGGCGGCGCGGCCGUCGCCACCUGCAGCAGCAGCAACAGCAGCUUCAGGCGCUGCAGAUGAAGCAGGCCGGCAGGACGGCCGUCGCGGAGGGCUCCGACUUCCACGAGGGCAUGCUGCUGGACACGCUGCUGCAGAUGUACCCCAGCCACGGCCCCGGCCACGCCACCAACCACGCCGCCAACCACGCCGCCAGCCACGCCGCCAGCCACGGCGGCAGGCAGACGACGAGGCCGCCGGCGAGAGGCCCGGGCAGGGGGUCGCUCCGAGGCCAGCAGGCACCGCCGCCCGUGCCCGCAGUGGCGCACAGGCUGCCGUACCUGCUGCCGCCGCCCGCGCAGCACGCGCACGCCUCCAACCAGCAGGCGCACCUGUACGAGAGCCCCGGGCUGGUGAACCCCUACGAGUCGGUGCCCGUGCUGGGCCAGCUCCAGCAGAUGCAGCAAAUGCAGCAGAUGCAGCAGAUGCAGCACAUGUCCACCUUCCGGCCCAGCGCCAGCCACGACUCCGACUCCGGCUACAGCAACAACACCUCCGGCGGCCGCGGCUCCGGGUCCGGACACAGUUCCGGGCGCAGUCGCGACCCGCACUCGCGGCUGUCCGCGCUGUCCGACGACAUGGUGCUGUCCUAGAUGCUGGGGGCUGUUUUUCUAGCUCUAGUCACGGUAGGCCCGCGAGGCCGCGAGGUCGCCGCGAGGGCUCAGGGGCUCGAGGUCGACGCCACACGCCCCGUUCCACCAACCCGAGACGUCAGGGUGCUGUGCCUCUAGAGCGGUGGCAGUGGCAACCUUUACGCAUAGAGCAAAAAGAAGUCCUAAAUUGUUUUUACAAUGAGCAAGGUUGUUACCGACACUGUUUGGGAGGAGGUCUCCGAAAACUAGACGUUAGAGACUGGUAGACUUUGUUUUCAUCUUUCACGUCAAAUUUUUUAUUCUUAAAAAAAAUGCUAGAAAUGUGUUAAUUAUUGUUGUGGACUUUUGCGCCGUUUUCGCAACUCGGGAUGGCAUCAAUCAAACAUCGGGUCGGUGGAUUUGAAGAUCGAGACGGCGUCUGAUUGGGCUUGUUUCGGGCUGGCGUGGGUGGAGUGAGUGAGAGUGUGCCGUCGACCUGUAUGUGUGUGUGUGUCUGUGUGUGUGCCGUUGUGGCGAUGUGUGAUGUACCCGAGACCAAAGAAGGAUAUAUCGGCGUGAGAGUGCUGCGGCGUCUGGAUGUAGAGGUGUUGAAUUUUGUAUAUUUUUGUGCAACUUGGGUGUCGUGUCAGCGCGACUCGGAGCGUGCUGCGAAGUCUGUGAUCUCUUAUAUUCUUCCCUUGUUCCCUUGGGGUGGGAUACUUUACGCUCACUGUUAGAGGAGCAUUUCCGUCGUACACUUGUUUCUUUUGUCUUUAGUUCUUUUUUAUUUUUGUUUUGUUGUUUGAAACCACCCCCUCCCUUUUCCCUCACUUAAAUUAAGGGUACUUCUGUGCUCAGAUGCUAGUUAUAGUUUAUGUAGAGCAUAUCUCGAGGUAUGCCCAUUUUGUUGUUACCAUACCCAAGAAACGCAUACCUUCCUUCUCUAUGUCAGUGUUUGGUUUCACUCUGUUGAUGAUAUAGUCAGAUGCAAGAAAUGAUUUUAUUGGUGCUCGAUUAGACUACACGGUGAUUAAAAUGCAAUUGAACUGUCGCCUCAUGAGUUCGGCACCCUCCACUUUUCUAGGCGCAUAGUUGAUUAUGUGGCCAUACAUUAUAUAUUUUCCUCGUUGCUCAGAGUAAUUAUUGUAGAGUGCAAUUCUGUGCUAUGGAGUUGGUUUUAUACAAAUGCUGAGUAACUCUCUUAAAAAUCAUUAUGUAAUAUAUUUAUUUUGGGUACAAACUACAAAUGUGAUCAGUCCUAAUUCUUGUCCUUAUUAUAUGUAUAUGUUAUCCUUUUUUUUGCGAUUUCUAUAAGAUUGCAGGCCUAAAUUGUCUUGAGGCCAUUUUGUUUCCAAAGUUAGACUGACAGUUCUGUUAAUGUCUCUUUAUUGAAAUGUCAAUCUCGAACAAAGCUGUUCAGUGGAUGCUCUUAGCCACUAUAAAAUGUUAUUUUUAUUUCUUACAUAUUGAUUUUUAUUGAUUUUCUUUUUAGGAUGGAAACAAGAUGGCUGUCUUUUGCUAUUGUUUUUGUUUGUUACAAGUAUUAGCUCCUUCAAAAUGAAAUUUUUUUCUAAAUGUGCUUUAUUUGUAAAAAAAAAAUUGUUUGUAAUGCAUCACUGUAAAUAGAACCAUACAGAUAUUUUAUUUGUAAAGUAUUGUACUCUAACAUUGUAUAUUAAUAAGUAUGUGAGCUAGUCCAUAUGUGAAUAACCUAAAGCACUUGGUAAGGAUAUUUAAGGUAAAUGUUUAAUACUAGAUAAGUUAUUCCUUCACCUCAAUAAACGUUUCUUACAAAUUC